AUUAAAUAUUUAAGUUUAUAGGGGAAUUUGUUUUUGUAUAGUCGACGGUUGGUAGUGGUAGCUUCAUUUGUUGACAUAAUUUUGAGGUUAACCAUUUUCGCUGUUCUAAAUCAUUAUUAUUUCAACAAUUUUGGAAUGGAUUCCGAUAGUUUUACCAUACAUGUUUUAAGUCUUGCAAUUUGUCGAACUUGCCUACAAACAAGCGGCCGCUUAACCCCCUUGACGGACUCAAAAGCGACAGAAAUGCUCCGGGAUUGCAAUUUUUGCAACGUGUCAGAAAACGACGGGUUACCAACUCAAAUAUGUUGUACAUGUUUGCAAAUUUUGGAACAGUGCUACAGUUUCAGACAGUUGUGUAGAAGGUCAGAGUCCACGUUGAGAAAGGCCUUGGAACGAAAUGAUAAGAGUCAACCAAACUACAAAAACAAGAGUGAAAUUAGUCAAGAUAAUUCUUGUGAUUCUAGUGAUUCAAGAGAUUUAGUAAAAAGUCAAGUGAAAGCAGAAGAGGAUUGUAACACUCUUGAAUUAUCAGAGAAUGAAGAAAUGUCCUUGAGGGAGGAUUUAAUAUCAUUUUUGGAUGAACCAUUACCACCACCAUUGCGACACCAGUGUCAAACGUGCACCCAAUCUUUCAACGAAGAGAGUGACUUAAAAAUUCACACAUCUGUCCACAACCCAGACUUGGUUUGCACAUCAUGUUCAAAAAAAUUUACAAGACGUCAAGCGUUAAAGCGCCAUUUAAAAAUCCACCUAACCCAAAAACCACACACUUGUAAAAUCUGUAGUAAAAGUUUCCCAGAGUCGUACGCUUUAGUUAAACAUUUACGCCACCACUCUGGUGUACCAAGGGAGAAGAAGCACUUUUGUGAGGAGUGUGGGCAAGGAUUUUCAGAGCCGUACUAUUUAAAAGUGCACAUGCGCAAACACACGGGCGAAAGGCCUCUAGUGUGUGCGACGUGUCAGAAGACUUUCGCCGACCCUAGAUCCCUCAAGACGCACGUUAUGAUUCACAAUGGAGACAAACCCCACAAGUGCACUUUUUGCCCAAAAAGCUUCAUUCAGAAUGCGCAUUUAACCCGACAUUUGAGGGUCCACACUGGAGAAAAGCCGUUUGUUUGUAGUAUUUGUGACGUAAAAUUUUCGCAAUCGUCGGCGUUACAAAAGCAUUUGCGUUCGCAUAGUCAACAAAAAACGUUGAGAGUUGACGUUUCGUGGUCGCUCUAGUAAUGGCUGACUUGUCAUUCUUGUUCAAGUUUAUUCAAACUUCGCCUAAUUAAAAGCAAAC